AUGUCUGACUCCAUCCCCUCUGCCCACCCUGGCCCAGACGCUGUUGACCAGCACCGCCCCGCAAAUGCCGAAGACCGCAAAGCCGCCGCUGCCCUUUCCUCUCUGAAUACGAAUGAAAUCGGCGCGGACUCCGGCACCAAGCCGCCUUCAUCCGCGGACCAGGAGGCAUUGGGAAAGGCGAUGAGUCGGUUGGAGAUCGCUGCGGGGCAGGACACGGGGAAGAGGACGGCUGAGGCACAGAAGGAGUCAGAGGUGGUGAGGAAGAAAGCUGUGAAAGUUACCUCGGAAGAUGUUAACCUCUUGGUCGAACAAUUGGAUUUGACUAAAAUCAAGGCGACCGAGCUCUUGAAAUCCAAUAAUGGCGAUGCCAAGCAGGCGAUCAAGGCUUUCAUUACUCCAGCCAUUGGAGCUUGA